AUGAGAGUGGAGGAGGUGUGCGCGUUGUGUGAGUGUCCGGGGCAUCCAAUCACUGUUUGCCCUUCAUUUCCCAUAGUUAAGAAAGCCUACCAUAGCAAUCAGGCUGAGGUAAACGCGAUUAAUCAGUAUUGGGAUCCAUAUUCAAAUACCUACAAUCCUGGGUGGGCUCAAAACCCACUUUUGGGUUGGAGGGAUCAAAAAACCCCAGUGCAACCUCAGGCACCACCUCAGCCACAAGCUCAACAAUUUCGACCUCCGCAAGGCCAAAUGACCCAAUUCCGCUACCUACCUCAGCAGCAGCAGGGGCUGGAAGAGGCUAAUGCAAUCACCACUCUCAGAAGUGGGAAGGUGAUCGACAAGGAUUUACCUCCUAAGAAAAAAUCGGUGCCACCCACGGUGCCGGUAGCUGCACCAGCAGUCGUCCCAGACUUGGGAAGUGUCCCUAAGGAAGAGAGAAAGACAGAGCCUCCUAAAGUGGUGGUGUCUGCACCUGCAGUCCCCAUGACUCAAACGCCACAUGUUGCUCCAUAUCCAAAUCGCUUGGUAGCGAAACCUAAGGCCAAUUUUGCAAAGGUUUUGAAGGAUCUGUGCACUUCAAAACGAAGGACUAAGAGUCAGGACAAAGUGCUCCUAACGGAGCAGGUGAGCUCCAUUUUCCAGGCCGAUAUCCCAACCAAGUGCAAAGACCCUGGUUGUCCCACUAUCCCUAUAGCUAUCGCAGGCCAGAAAUUUGAUAAGGCAUUACUGGAUUUAGGGGCGAGUGUCAACUUGCUCCGAUAUUCGGUAUACUUGAGGCUUGGCCUAGGCGAUCUGAGAGCCACACCGGUCACGCUACAGUUGGCUGACCGGAGUAUAAGAAUCCCGAAGGGGGUGGUGGAGGAUGUUCUAGUUCAGGUGGGCGAGUUUCUUUUUCCAGUUGACUUCAUUGUCCUAGAUACGUGCCAGAUACAGGAGGUGAAUGUUUUCAACAUAGAUAGCCGAGUCAAAGAUGAUAAAGAAGUGUAUGAGGUGAGUUUGGUCGACACGCUGGUGCAGGAGCAUGUCGAUAGUAUUUUGUAUAAGGAUCCUCUGGAGAUAGCUUUAACUGCCAAGGAGGCGUCAUUCUUAGAUUUUCCAGAGAUUUUCGAAUUUUGUGCGAAAAGAAUUCACAGUGUUUAUGGGUAUUCACUACUAAAAACCCUCACGAGACUCCACUCGUCCUCUAAGGAUCGCCUAGAGGUCAUGGAGAGUUAUGACGCAAAGUACUCUGCAACCCAUCGUCCAUAUAUGUACUUUACUGAUAAACAAGUAAAAAAAAGUAGCUGUGAUGGACUGCCAAAGGGCAUGGAAAUUGAGCCCUCACAUUCAACCGUGGGUACUGUACUGGACUAUUGGGUGGUGGGUACACAUUAG